GAAAUGUGGUAGCGGUCUGCAAAGCUAGUCUACACUUUAAUAGUUAUUUUUUUACAUGUUGCUAUGGCUUCAAUUAUUAAAGAAACUCAGAGCAUCAAAGAAGCAGUAACCUAUAUCAACACAAUUGACGUCAACAAGCUUUCCAGGCUGCUGUCACGUAUUCUGCAAAAACUUCAUCUCAAGGGGGAGCGCUCCUUCAGUGAGGAGGAGGAGGAGAAGUUGCAGAGUGCUCUCUCCUUGGAGAAACACGCCUUACAUCUGGUGCUUGAAACCAUCUCUUUCAUACUAGAACAGGCUGUAUACCAUAAUGUUAAAGUAGCAUCCUUAAAGCAACAGUUGGAGAACAUACAUCUUACUCCAGACAAGGCAGAAGCUUUUUGCCAGGUUUGGACAACAACUGGCCCAGAUGUCAUAGAGAAGAUCAGACAGGGGAUCUUUGCCCCCAAAAAGUUGGAACAUAUUGGUUGGCAGCUCAACCUUCAAAUGGGUCAAUCCACACAAGCCAAGCUGAAGGCCCCGCAUACCGUUCUGGACCUGGGAGUCCGAGAGGAGGACGGAGGAGAGAGUCUGCAGCAUGUUUUCGUGGGGUUUAACCACCAGGAGUUGCUUGAGUUUUACAAUAAGCUAGAGAUGAUUCAAGCACAGUUGGACUCUCUCACUUGAGGCAGCAGUAAUUCCAUCCCGGUCUUCUUUUGCUGGUGUAAACCCUCAGAGUUUUGUUACCUGUGUGUCCAGUUUCUGCUCAACCUUGAAGAUUAAAUGGAAAAUCACGGACUUCAUUAGUUUCUGACUUUCUUCCCGCCUUUUCAAGUGUUUAAGUGUUGAUUAACCUAUAUUUUACAUGAGUAAACAUGUCUUAGGCACCACUUUUGUAUACAUUGGAGGCCUAGAACAGGUUUAGUCUUCAACAGUGCCAGGCCCCUGAUUAUGAGCCACUGCUAGCAAAUUGCUGAAAAGUACAGAGUUUUGAUCCCAUAGUACAGUAAAUGUUGUACUAGACAGGUCAUGUUUGUGCCAACAUGUUUUUUUGUCAUUGUUUUUCAUCAUUGAUUUUCCUUUGUGACGACACAUCACAAUAUCACAACAUUCAUAAGCCGUCUCUUACCGAUCAAGACCCUUGUCCACACCAUUCCUCAAUUUAUCACAAUAAAUUGGCUUUGUUUAUACAAUG